ACCUUUACAGAACACCGCCCAGGAUUAACACUAUAGUGUACAGAUCUCCACCAUGGCACAAACCAUGAAACCGUAUCCGGAGCCCUAUCCACAGCAAGACCCACGGUAUGGAUACGACCAAGGACCUCAGCCCUCAACAUGUCAAGCGCAGCCCUACGUCAUGGUACCCACCCAGCAAGCGUACCCGGAAGCCUAUCCCCAGCAAACCCUGCUGUAUCAGUAUGGGUACGGUCUAGGACCUCUACCCUCCAACAAUCCAGCGCAACAAGCACAGGUGAUUGUGAACCAGCCCUUUCCAGUGGUCAGCACUGUACAUGUGUUUGGCCCUGCCCAGCCGAAACCGCCAAACUUCAUGGCACUGUCCAUCUUUGUGGUUCUAUGCUGCUGCUUUCCAAUUGGGAUAAUUGCCCUUAAAUAUUCAA